AUGGGCCAACAACUGAGCACGAUUUUCACUAGUUUAGGUGAACCACAGAAGAAAGAAUCUGAGUCAGUAACUGCGACCAUGACAGACUACGAUAGACUGGUAGACCUGUUUUAUAAAAGGCUAGCGGAGCAGCGGCAGUAUAAUCAAGAAAUGAAGGAACAAGAUCGACGUUGGAGCAUGCAGAAGGUGGUUGAAAGAUUCCCGGGCUGGAAUGAAGUCACCAUAGCCAACCUGCACAGUUUGUUUCUAUUGUUCGACAACCAGUCCAACGGGAUGCUUGGAUUUGACGAUUUCUGUGCAGUUCUGGAAAGUCUCGGUGACGAGACGUCAAUGGAGACAAGAAAGGAGAAAUUCAACGGAGCGGAUACGGACAACGAUGGUUGGAUAACCUACGAUGAGUUUUUGUCUCUGGUGUACAACUUCAACCCUCAGGAGAACGGUGAGCCGACGGGGUUGGCACUGCUGUGCAACGAGGUCGCAGAGAACAUCCAAUUCGUGAGCAACCUCACUGUUGGGGAGCAGUUGGAGUAUGGGUUGUUC